AACGAGGUGAAGACGAACGCCGGAAGACCAAAAAGCGACGGAACGACAUGGACCUCCCCGCUGUGCUGAAGCUGCAGGUGCUGCAGUUCCUGGACCACUCAGCGCUACAUGCAGCCGAGCAGACAUCACAUGCACUGAUGGAGCUCACGCGCGAACACGAGCUAUGGAAAAGUAUCUCCGACGCGCAUGUGACCUGCAGUGAAGCCUUGAACCGGUCCGACCUGUGGAAGAAAAUGGUGUGCAUGGCACAGCGCCCUGCAACCGGCGACAAGCAGUUGCUGGGCGGUGUGGAGGCCUUUUCGUCUGCAGACCGACCAAGCGAGUCACCCGUGAACACGCUCACAUCCUCGCGUUGUUGGAUGGAGUUGCAUCAACUACAGACGGCGGACGUGGAACUGGAGGCGGAGCUGACGACGCUAGGCGAGCGCAUUCAGCACCGCUGCGGCUGCUCCUCGGGAGAGUCGUGCUACUGGAGCAGCUCGGCGUCAACGAACCAGAAUGCAACUGAGUUUAUUGACUACGCACUCAAUGGACCGUGCGUAGUGAAUGCCGUUCAGAUUGUCCCGUAUCGAGUGUUCUGGCAUCCAGACAGCCCAACGUACGCGCCUAAACGAGUUCGGUUCGAGUUCUUUGAUGUUGACGACAUGGCGACGCUGCAGCAGGGGUCUGCAAUAGGGCGGAAUCAACCGCUAGGCACGCGCGCAACAGCUAUCAAACCAUUUUUUGCCUCACGUGACUAUGAGGUGAAGAACGACAUGACGUUGCAAGAGUUCGUGUUGCCAAGGAAAGUGGCGGCCAGCAAGAAGACUGUGCUGCGGAUCACACUGAUCGGACGACACCAGGCACAAACAUUUCAGUUUCCUCAGGAACUUUUCAACGGCAUUGAAGACCAGCGACCCAAAUACUACUGUUGUCUGAGCUAUGUCAAUGUGUGUGGAGUGCCAUGGAAACCUGUGCAGACCGAAAAAGAAGCUUCGACGGCAAUUGCGCAGCCGAACUCCAUGAGUCCAAACCUGCGUAUGGCGGCACUCACCGGACUGGCAGUGUACAUGACUGCUUGCUACGAAGGAUUCAUUGGCCGCACCGGACGAUGGGAGUGA